AUGCAUUACUCACUUAAGAUAGAAUCGUUCUCUUCACUGCUGAAGACAAAGGUUGAAAAGUAUGAAUCUAAUAUUUUUGAAGCCGGAGGCUACAAAUGGAGAUUGUGUCUCUACCCAAAUGGAAACACAAAAGGAAACGGAAAAGGCUUUAUUUCCCUGUACUUGGAAAUUGAACAUACAAGUGAUCUUCCUCCUCGGUGGGAAGUCAACGCCGAAUUCAAAUUAUUUGUGUUUGAUCAGAUAAAGAACCAGUACUUGACUGUCCAAGAUUCUGAUGGAAAAAGCUUUCAGGAGAUGAAGACAGAAUGGGGUUUCGAUAAAUUGGUUUCCCUUGAAACAUUCAAUGAUUCCUCUAAUGGAUAUCUUGUCUCUGACUGCUGUUUUUUUGGAGCUGAGAUUUUUGUUAUCAAGCCAACAGGAAAAUGGGAAUCACUUUCUAUAGUUCAUAAACCUGCUAAUGGUUCUUUAAGAUGGAAGAUUGAAGUUGAUGGCGAUAAGCUUCCACCAAAGAAAACUUUGUGGACAGAAUACAAGCUGCGAGUUUUGGACCAGUGUCGUGACAAACAUGUCGAAAAAACAGUAAACCUGCUCAGGCUCUCUGUCUAUCUAAUUGAUGACUUGGUUAUGAGUCACGUUACGUAUUCUGCAAUGAAGAACAAUAAUAUCUGCAACUCUAUGAGCUCCGGCGGACUUGGAACCACAAGAUCCAAAAGAGAUCUUCCUCCGAUGCAUUACUCACUUAAGAUAGAGUCAUUUUCUUCACUGCUGAAGACAAAGGUUGAAAAGUAUGAAUCUAAUAUUUUUGAAGCCGGAGGCUACAAAUGGAGGUUGUGUCUCUACCCGAAUGGAAACACAAAAGGAAACGGAAAAGGCUUCAUUUCCCUGUACUUGGAAAUUGAAAAUACAAGUGAUCUUCCUUACCGGUGGGAAGUCAACGCCGAAUUCAAAUUAUUUGUUUUUGAUCAGAUAAAUAACCAGUACUUGACCGUCCAAGAUUCUGAUGGAAAACGCUUUCACGAGAUGAAGACAGAAUGGGGUUUCGAUAAAUUGGUUUCCCUUGAAACAUUCAAUGACACCUCUAAUGGGAGAAUAAGAGUCUAUCCCAAAGGAACUGAUGAAGUAAAGGGAGAUUCACUAUCUAUAUACCUGGAACUAGUUGAUGGCGAUAAACUUCCACCAAAGAAAACUUUGUGGACAGAAUACAUUCUGCGAGUUUUGAACCAGUGUCGUGACCAACAUGUCGAAAAAUCAGUCUCAUUUUGGUUGACCUCCUCCCAUCAUGCACGUGGUUAUGCCAAGUUCAUGCCACUGGGAGAUCUCUAUGAAGCCUCGAAGGGCUAUGUUAUGAAUGAUACUUUAAUUGUUGAACUUUCAGUGAAAAACCACGAGUUGAUUUCUAUUGAGGAUGCAACAGAAGAUGUCAUGGACAAUGUAUGCUUGCCCUGUUUUCUCAAAAGGAAGCGUCUUAAUUAUGAAAUAUAUUCCAAGCACACUAACCAUGAAAAUUAUAUUGGGAGUUAA